AUUCCAUUACACCAUGCCCAAGGACUACCAAGCACAACUGCAAAAGACAAUCGACAAGGCCACAGACCCUCUUUUACUAUCAGACAACUGGCAGCUCAUCUUGGACGUGUGUGACAAGGUGGACCAGGAGCCUGAGCAAGGGUCAAGGCUAGUUGUCCAGGCCAUUGAGCUGAAACUGGGCCAAAGGGAUGCCAAUGUCCAAUUGAGAACCCUGUCUCUAUUAACUUCAAUAGCUGAGAAUUGUGGUUCAAGAGUUAAACAAGAAAUCGCAUCAAAGCAUUUCACUUCUGUGUUAUUAAACAAAUUGAAAGACCCUAUGGUUCAUAAAGAAAUCAAGAUCAAAAUCGUUCAAGUGAUUACUCAAUUAUCAGAAUCAUUCCAAAAUGAUUCAUCUUUAAAACCUAUUCAAGAUGCUUACCACCAGGUUAAAUCCUCAUAUUCUCAAUUCUUCCCUCCGGAUAAACCUCAAAAAUUCACAUUGGAUAGCGAUCGAUUAAAAGAAGAGGAGGAUUUGAAAGCUGCUAUUGCUUUAUCCUUAGCUGAAAAUAAUCAAGCUUCAAUUCCAACAAGUCAAGAAAUUCAACAACAACAACAACAAGUACAACAACCAACUACUCAACAAACUAAUGAAACUCCAUCUUUCUCAAGAGUCCGUGCUCUUUAUGAUUCUUUUAGUCAAGACCCUGCUGAUUUACAUUUCCGUAAAGGUGAUAUCAUCACUGUUUUGGAUCGUGUUUAUAAAGAUUGGGGGAAAGGUUCAUUAAGAGGUUCAAUUGGAUUAUUCCCUUUCAACUAUGUUACUCCAUUGUAUGAUCCAACUCCACAAGAAUUGAUUAAAGAAUCUGAAAUGGAAUCUAAAAUUUUAUCACAAUCAAGACAAGUUGAGAAAUUAUUAACUUUAUUAACAAAUAAUAAUGUUGAAUUGAUUCAAAAUGAUGAAUUUCAAAAACUAUAUCAAGAGAUUGUAUUGAUUAAACCUGAAUUGGGUGGAUUAAUUGAGAAAUAUAGAGUUAGAAGAGAUGAAUUAUUAGAUUUACAUGGGAAAUUAAAAGAUGCCACAGUGAAAUAUGAAGAAUUGACUGAUCCAUUGAAACAACAACAAUUGAGAGCUCAUCAGCAACCACCUCCUCCAUUAAAUUUCCAAUAUCAACAACCUCAACCUUCUUUAUAUCAACAAAGAAUGUCAACUGGACCAGCUCAGUUCCAACAACCACCUUUACAACAAUCAGUAACAGGACAGCCUUUACAACAGCCUUUACAAUACAACUACCAACAACAACAACCACAACAACCUCCAUCUACAACAUUCCCAAAUCCUAAUGUCAAUCCAUUAUAUCAAAGACAAUCUUUCACUGGAUCUGAUCAACUAAACUCACCGGUUCAACCACCACAACAGCCACACUCUACCGAAAGACCAUAUCCUAACUAUUGA